AAGUAAGUCACGUGGCCGGAGGUGAAGCACAUUGUUUCGCGGCAUGUUUCAUAUUCGUAUGAAUGAGGAGAGAGUUGUUUAUUUAUGCAGUUGUUCUCUCACAUUUUUAGCUGGAACGAUAUCACGCACCCUAUAUCUGGAGAAAGAUAAUACCUCGCCAGUUUGAGGACAGAUGGCUGGGAUUCUGUUUGAGGACAUCUUUGAUGUGAAGGAUAUUGAUCCGGAUGGAAAAAAGUUUGACAGAGUAUCUCGUCUUCACUGUGAAAGUGAGUCUUUCAAAAUGGACCUGAUUCUUGAUGUGAACAUCCAGAUUUAUCCUGUCGAUCUCGGUGACAAGUUCAGGUUGGUGAUCGCCAGCACACUGUAUGAGGACGGGACGCCGGAUGACGGAGAAUACAACCCUCAAGACGACAGACCGUCUAGGGCUGAUCAGUUUGAUUAUGUCAUGUAUGGAAAGGUUUAUAGGAUCGAAGGCGAUGAGACCUCCACAGAAGCGGCCACACGACUAUCGGCGUACGUGUCUUACGGAGGCCUGCUGAUGCGGCUGCAGGGAGAUGCCAAUAACUUGCAUGGAUUCGAGGUGGACUCCCGGGUUUAUCUGCUGAUGAAGAAACUUGCUUUCUGAAGGGUUUCCCGUCGCAUCUGCUGAUCCCCGUGGACUCUCACUUUUCAGGACCGAGGAGACCUCUCUUUUUCUUUUCUUUUUUAAUAUGACGUUCUUUUGAUGAGACACUGAUAUUGCUGGAAACCGUGGGAAUUUACAUGGAAAGCAUUUAGGUUAUAUGUUCAAAACCUUUUUUUCAUUGCAUGUGUUGGCCAAACGUUUUAAUCCAAUCCCUUUUGAAUCACAUUUAGAUACAUGUAACAUUUUGUACCUUUGUUUUCUUUUAAACUGUUUAUCAGUAAAUGAGAAAUUGUCUGAAAAAAGUUUAAAAUGCUGCAUCCUGGGCCUUGAGAAUUUAAGCGACAGCAAAAAAUGACGUCCCAACACAGAAUGCAGUUUAAUGUAAUUUAAAGGAAAUAAAAGCGUCAGUGUGUGACAGUUUGCACUGAGA